CUUUGGACUAUUGACUCAUUUUCAAUACGACAAACAGGUAGGACUAGGAUAUAAAGCAUAAUUUUAACUGACGGAUAACAGUUAUCACUGGACAGCUGCAAACACACAGUGUACUACAGAAGAGUUUAUGUACAGGAAAAGCAUGAUGCAAGACCAGGAGAAGAUGUCUGAGGAACACUUUUUCACCCGCCUUGGAAACAUUCCUGUGGUGGGUACAACUUGGACCCAGGCCUGGGGCCUCUACCAGAAAACUAAGGACAGUAAUACCAUCAUUCGCUCGACCCUCAACAUGGCAGAGUCUGGCAUCAAAACUGUGGCUGAGACAACCAAACCCAUGGUGGAGAAAUAUCAGCCUCAGAUUGAGAUUGUGAACAAAUAUGCUUGUCAACAGCUAGAAAAUCUGGAGAAGAAUUACCCAGUCAUCAAUAAGCCAACUGAUGAGUUGGUGGCUGAAGGCAAGGAGUUGGUGCAGCCGACCAUCGAUCGUGUCAAUGCUGUUCGGCAGUAUGGCACCGACACCAUCAAUAAGGUGGGAGAUAUGAAACAGAUAGGAAAGGACACAGUGUCCAAUGUGAAGGACUACAGUCUGAUGCAGGUGUCCAAGGCAAUGGACACACCUUAUGGUCAUUUUGUGGCUGACAAGGUCAACACAGCCUUGACCUUGUCUGAAGAAUAUCUUGACAAGUACCUACCAGAGGAAGAUGAUGAAAAUGAUGAGAACGACUCUGACGAGGCCAAAGAAAUGGACGAAUACCCACCGAAUCCUGUUGGGCGUGCUAAGGAUUUGACAACAAAGUUGAGGCGUAGGAUGUACAAACGAGCUAUGAAGGAUUUGAGAAACGUCCAGGUCCGCAGUCAGGAAAAUCUGGCCAAACUUAGCUUCACGGUAGACCUGAUUGAUUAUGCCAAAACAAACAUGGAGUCUGCUAAAGGGCGAGCAGAGGAGAAGGUUGGAGAACUCCAGACCAAGAUGAGCACAUUGUGGACAGAGAUAAAUAAGGAGACAUCAGAGUUAGAGGAGGGGGAACUGGUACCUGCAGAGACAAUGGAGACCAAAUCCAUUAUCAUGGCUCGCCACCUCACCAAACAACUCCGUACCGGACUUUCCACCUUCAGUCACUAUGUUCCCGAAUCCCUUCAACCUGCUGCUCUACGUGAACGCCUCCAACAGACAUACCAGUACACCGAAGACCUCUACUCAUACUUCAAAGACGUUGCAAAAUAUGAGGAUAUGCCCAGCUUAGCACUGACACAGGCCAAAGAAAAGUUGGGGUAUCUGCAGUCCACCCUUGGCUUCCUGACAGAAACAUUUGUCACCGUCCCACUGAACUGGCUGGAACCGGAUGUGGCAGUAGAGGUAGACCUUGGAGAUAUUGCUGUUGACAAUCCUGAACCCGUUGAUGCCACCGAUUGUAAUGGACAUAUCCCAGGAGCAGACACAUCCGACAGUCCAGCCAAUCCAUGAAAGUGAUCACUACACAGGUUAUGAACAGAUCUAUAACACACUUAACUAUAUCCCAUCUAUAAUGGACUUUCUACAUGUCUGACAAUUUGUCACAAUAUGAGAAUUUUGACCUUGAGUAAGGACCUGUUUUCCACUGAAUUCAUUGUGCAUUAAUGACUCAAAGGUUACUAUUUAUAUGAUAUAGUAGAGCCUUUCUGAAGUCGGUGAUAUUUUUAGGGGAGCUAGCUGAUAUAUAUAGCCAUGCAAUUAAUUUAAGUGCCUUCGAGAUAAUAUGUGGAAUUUGAUCGAACUGAAAAUAUGGUAUCUGCUAAUCAAUCGGCGAAAUAUAUUUGUGUAGGAAAAUAGAAGACCUUGAAAUUGUUAAAUCUAUAUUACAACUAAACUUACAAUAAAAUCUAAAUCUAGGAUAUUUUGAACCACUCAAAACCUGUUAAUGAAUGGCAUUUUGGACAUUAAAGGAUGUUUAUAAAGAUUGCUUAUAAAUUACAACCAGGAAAUACAAGCACAAUCAGUUUAAUUGUUUGGGGAUAUUUAAACUUGUAAGAUAAUUUAGACCCAUUGUUUUUUCUGUUACUUUUGUUGUUCAACAUUGAUGUUGUAAUAUUUGUUGUUUGACACAAGUUCUUGGCUAGAUGAAUUUAUUAAUACAUUUCAAUUAUCAUUAAAGGGAUGAAUAUCUAAUCAAGGGAAAAUGAAAAUGACAGCAUUAUUUACCAAUAGGUGCAGUAGUAACAAUAUGGUAGAUCCUUUUCAUUCAAGAUCAAAGGGUUGACAAUUGCAUUAAUGCAACUACAUCUUCUAAAUUUCGAUCAGUGAUUCAGCUCUCCAGAUACUGAAAAUGACUUUAUAGUCAAUGAAAAAUAUGCAUCAAUAUUGUUUUCGUACUACUCUAUGUAAAAAUCUGUCUUUGUGCAAUAAACAAUCCAAUACAUUGUAG